AUGAGAUCUCUAACAGAAUCUCAAAGAAUAUUCAUUUGUUUCUUUGUAUUUGGACUUCUAAACAAUAUCCUAUAUGUCAUCAUCUUAUCAGCAGCUAUAGAUCUAGUAGGAUCAGCUACUCCAAAGGCAGUGGUAUUAUUAGCUGACAUUUUACCAGCAUUGACAAUCAAAUUAAUUGCACCAUUCUUCAUACAUCUCAUUCCAUAUAUCAGUCGAAUAUGGACAUUGGUUGGAUUAUCUACUACUGGUAUGAUAUUGAUCUCCCUUAGUUCUUCCGGAUCUAUUGGUACCAAAUUAUUUGGGAUUAUACUUGCAUCAUUAUCUUGUGGUUUGGGUGAACUUAGUUUUUUGCAAUUGACACAUUAUUACGACGAGAGACAAUCAAUUGGAGGGUUUUCAACUGGGACUGGUGGUGCUGGUUUAUUUGGAAGUUUUCUUUUUAUGUUGUUGACUAAUGUUAUGGGAAUACCUGUUUGGAUUGUAUUGUUGAUGUUUGCAAUUGUUCCACUGGGGUUUGCCGGGAUAUAUUUCUACUACCUACCAGAGCAAGGGCAAGGCAUUGAAUAUGAAGAGAUUGUCCAGGAACUUACUGACGAUGAAGAAGAUGAGAUUGUAAUUGAAAUGAAUUCAAAGUAUAAUGUUCAAUAUAUGAUUACUCACAUAUGGACUACAAUUAAUGAAAUCAAACCACUUGUGAUACCUUAUAUGAUUCCUUUAAUGACUGUGUAUUUUUCCGAAUAUCUUAUCAAUCAAGGGAUCUCUCCCACUUUGUUAUUCCCUUUGGAAGAAUUACCACGAUGGUUAUUCUCAAGCUAUAGAGACAUUUAUGUCGUUUAUGGUUUCUUAUAUCAACUAGGAGUAUUCAUAUCUCGAUCGUCGAUUUCAUUUGGAAUUCGUGUUCGACAUCUAGGUAAAUUAUCAAUAUUACAGUUCAUAAACGUAUUGAUUACCCUAUGUCAAUCCCUAUAUGAUUUACCAUUUGGAAAUAUUUGGCUCAUGGUAAUCCUAAUAUUCUUCGAGGGGCUAUUAGGAGGUCUUUCUUAUGUCAAUACGUUUGUAUCAGUUAGUGAACAGGUUCCCAAACUGAAAAGAGAGUUUAGUAUGGGAUGUGUAAGUAUUAGCGAUGGCAUUGGCAUUGUUUUAGCAGGUUGUGUAAGUUUAUGGUUAGAAAGAGCUUUAUGUAGACAGCAAGUCAGCCGGGAUAGGGACUGGUGUCUCACUGGUGGUUCUCUAUAA